AUGGGAGCUCCAAAUAAAGACCCUUCACACCUACCACCCUUCUCCUCAGACCUACACCUACCGCCCUUCUCCUCAGACCUACACCUACCGCCCUUCUCCUCAGACCUACACCUACCGCCCUUCUCCUCAGACCUACACCUACCGCCCUUCUCCUCAGACCUACACCUACCGCCCUUCUCCUCAGACCUACACCUACCGCCCUUCUCCUCAGACCUACACCUACCGCCCUUCUCCUCAGACCUACACCUACCGCCCUUCUCCUCAGACCUACACCUACCGCCCUUCUCUUCAGACCCUUCACACCUACCGCCCUUCUCUUCAGACCCUUCACACCUACCGCCCUUCUCUUCAGACCCUUCACACCUACCGCCCUUCUCUUCAGACCCUUCACACCUACCGCCCUUCUCUUCAGACCCUUCACACCUACCGCCCUUCUCUUCUCUUCAGACCCUUCACACCUACCGCCCUUCUCUUCAGACCCUUCACACCUACCGCCCUUCUCUUCAGACCCUUCACACCUACCGCCCUUCUCUUCAGACCCUUCACACCUACCGCCCUUCUCUUCAGACCCUUCACACCUACCGCCCUUCUCUUCAGACCCUUCACACCUACCGCCCUUCUCUUCAGACCCUUCACACCUACCGCCCUUCUCUUCAGACCCUUCACACCUACCGCCCUUCUCUUCAGACCCUUCACACCUACCGCCCUUCUCUUCAGACCCUUCACACCUACCGCCCUUCUCUUCAGACCCUUCACACCUACCGCCCUUCUCUUCAGACCCUUCACACCUACCGCCCUUCUCUUCAGACCCUUCACACCUACCACCCUUCUCUUCAGACCCUAAACACCUACCACCCUGGCCAAUAUACCACGGAGACCAGCUACACCCCCAUCCUCAACCAGGCUGAACCCCCGAAAUCCCCCACCACCCAGGAGACCAGCUACACCCCCAUCCUCAACCAGGUUGAACCCUCGAUAUCCCCCACCACCCAGGAGACCAGCUUCACCCGGAUCCCCAACCAGGUUAAACCCCCAAUAACCCCCACCACCCAGGAGACCAGCUACACCCACACCAAACCAAAGAAGACGGGGAGAAAGUCCUGUCACCUUUAA